AUGAAGGCCAUCCGGCGCUCACUCAAGGGCGAAAAAGAACCAAAGCCACAACAUAUCUCCAUUACCCCAAAGUCUGCAAUUGCCAUUCUCCCGCCAAAAAAGGUUAUCAAAGCCCUGUAUGACCACAGGCCCGAACCCGGGAAUACGCAGGAGCUGGCCUUCAGCAAGGGUGAUUUUUUCCAUGUCAUAAGCAGAGAGGACGACACCGACUGGUACGAGGCGUGCAACCCUCUGAUCCCAAGUGCGCGGGGUCUUGUUCCUGUCUCAUUUUUCGAGGUUAUUGGCAAAAACGAGCGUAACAGUGGUGGGUCUGCGGGGAGCCCCGAAGAAUACCAACAAGAAUUGCACGACUCUGGUUUUUCGGAUCGCAGUCCACAACACGUCCGGUCGGAUUCGACGAAUACCACCAAACAAGCCGCUCUCGCCAGGAUGUCCGCCAUUGGGAAGGGCUCUGGCGCCAUGGUGUACGGCAUUGUGCAGUAUGAUUUCACUGCGGAACGCCCGGACGAACUCGACGCAAAGGCCGGUGAAGCCAUUAUCGUGAUUGCUCAAUCUAAUCCGGAGUGGUUUGUUGCAAAACCUAUCGGUCGCCUGGGCGGCCCAGGGUUGAUCCCCGUUUCGUUCAUUGAGAUUAGGGAUAUGACAACAGGCAAGGCUGUGAUGGACCCACACGAGGCUGUUCAACGAGCUGGUGUCCCUCGAGUCGAGGAGUGGAAGAAGAUGACGGCGGAAUAUAAGAAUAGUUCCAUCACCCUAGGGAAAUUGGAGGGUGCAGCGCAGGGAGCCGCGGCGGCGUCAUCGGGAGACAUGAAUAGAACGACUAUGAACGGCAGUGACCCUUACCUACAACAGAGCCACAAUUCAGGGGCAUAUUCAACUAAUCAACAACAAUACCAGAACCAACCAUACCGACAAUCCGCCCAGCAGAGCCCACAACAGUCGCAGACAUUUUAUCCCGCGGCGCUGGCACCGGUUUCCGCAUGCAUCCCCCGAUACCAAUACGAUCACGACAAAUACUGGUAUAUUAUUAGGGCUAAAAUGGAGGAUGGCCGGUAUUGGGAGUUGUCGAGAUACUAUCACGAUUUCUACGACUUCCAGAUUGCACUCCUAAGAGAAUUUGAAGAGGAGGCUGGCAACCGGGGGAAGCCGCGGACUUUGCCAUUUAUGCCAGGCCCCGUCACCCAUGUCACGGAUGUGAUUUCCAGUGGCCGACGACAGAACCUGGAUGAAUAUAUCAAAAAGUUAUUGUCGAUGCCACCUCACAUCUCGCGCUGCCAACUUGUCCGCCAACUCUUCGCGCCGCGACCCGGGGAUAUCGAAAUAUUCCCGAAUUCCUCGGACGAGUACAGACUCUCCGGCGGCUCUCGGCGGUCAUCAGGCCAAGACCCUUCCCAGCCAGAAUCACCGCAUUCUUCAAGAGGCCAUAUGAACACUGGCGGCUAUCCGACCGGCUCGAUGGGCCCACCAAUGUCACAACGCCAACCGCAAGCGCAAUCGCACCUCCAACAAGGACGUGUUCCGUCACAAUCACAGUCGAACGGUAGCGGCAACGGCAGCGUUAGCCUCAGCCGCGCCGAGCUGCAGAAUCAGAUGAUGAACCGGCAACCCAGCGCGAUGACACAGACCUCCUCCUCCGCAAAUUCAAGCGCGGGUGCGAUCAAGAUCAAGGUCUUUUUCCAAGACGACCUGAUCGCCAUCCGCGUGCCGAGUGAUAUCAACUACGCGCAGCUGCGAGAGAAGCUGAAGGGCCGGCUGAAGCUGGGCGACGACAUAAUAUUGCAGUAUAAGGAUGAACCGAGCAAUGGGUUUGUGGAGCUGUUAAGUGAUAACGAUCUGGAUACGGCGCUGCAGCGCAAUGCGAAGCUUACGCUGUAUGUUGGGCUCGCAUAAGAGAUUGAGAGGGAGGGCUACGGGGAGGGGUUGGGGCGCGGAUGAGACUAAUAUGCUGGGAUAUUCGGGGAGAAUAAGUAAUUUAUAUAUAUGUAUGUGGUUCUGUCUCUCCCCUCCCCUCCUGUCGGUCCCUCCAUCCGGAUCACCACGGUGAUGGUUUCUAUGAUCACUUAUUUCUUCGUUUCAUUUAUCUUGUUUCGUCAACUUUUUUCCCUCAGUUUUUCUGACGGGCAACUGAGACAUUGUUGCUUGGAUCUAUUUUAAACGGCCCCCUUUCUUCGUCUUCUUCCCCUUAUUUUCCUUUUUUUUUUCCUUUUCUUUUAUAUAUGACCCUCCUUCCGAUCUAUAUCACCAGCCUUCUCUUUAUUUAUGUAUUUCUUUUGUUUGUUUUGCUUAUUUAACGUGCCCCAUUGCAAUACCAGGAUAUGUAUGAAUCGGCGGGAUGGAUUUGAUUGAAUGUAUGGCAAAAUCCCCUAUCCACCGACGUGCCCUUGCGGAAAGGACUGUGAUGAUAUAUGUAUGCCGUUCGAAGGGCGAAAAUCAAAUCUCCUAUAUAUACAUUCUACCUAUAUUUUACUUUG